UGUACGAGUUUCCCUUCGCUAUCGGCAAUAUUGCAUAAGCCACAACAAUAGUCGUCUUUGCAAGUUGAUUAACUGAUACACUCUCCACAGUGGACAAGAAAAAGAAAAGAAAAGAGGAAAAGCAUAUCCGGCUCGCAUGGUAAGAUUGACGAUUCUACAGAACUCGAACUUUCCGAAUGAUAUAUGAAGUCGCACGAAAAGGAAAUGAGGGGAGCGUUGAACUCACUCUAUUGAAAUGGACUUGCCGUGUUCGUCCUGGAACAGAUUGAUAGUAGCACUGUGAGCCGUUACUCAACAUAACCGCUGCGUGAUGAGUUGUUGGGAGAAGAAAGAAGAUACGAUACCGUACAGGACGCCCGUGACGUAAAAAGGCAUAUAUACAGUUGCGGCGUGACCUGAAUAUUCGUGCGCCAUCGGUUCUUGUAUUAUUAAUAGGUUGUAGUAUUAAUAGGUUGUAGUAGAUGGCUCGUUUCCUCGCUCCGUUCUUCCUUCUAGUUAAGCAACAGACAUCAUGUCAGUCCCUAUCCCACAACCUCCGGGCGUGCCCCUCCUAGGCAACAUCUUCGAUAUCGACCCAAGUAACACGUGGGAUUCGCUGAGGAAGCUAGCAGAGAAGUACGGGGAAAUAUUCCAGAUCAAGGUCUUAGGUCAUACUAUCGUCUUCGUAGCCGGUGCGGCCAUUGCGGAGGAGUUGUGCGAUGAGAAACGGUUUCGAAAGUAUGUCGGUGGUCCGAUAGUUGAGAUACGGUACGCCGUACACGAUUCUCUGUUCGCGGCCUUCGACAAUGAGGCGAGUUGGGGUAUCGCGCACCGCAUCAUCGCCCCGAAGCUCAGUCCGCAAUCACUCGCAGAACAUUUCGUUGAGAUGCGAGACACUACCACCGAGCUUAUCACAAAGUGGAAAGGGCUCGGCACCGACAACGAGGUGUCCGCUAUCGACGAAUUGAACAGAUUGGCCCUCGAAGUGACGACGUUGACUCUCUUUGGGAAGAAGUUGAAUUGUCUCUCCGGGCCUGAGCAUCCAAUGAUAAAAGGGAUGGAGGACUCAACAUCUGAAUCGAUGAAGCGACCUACCCGUCCCAAGUUAAUGAACUGGCUACUCUACAGUGGCAAGUUUACAAAAGCCAGGGAUGCGAUGCGAACGUACGCGCAAGAAUUGGUGAACUACCGAAAGGCAAAUCCGACAAAUCGACAGGACCUCCUUGCGAUACUAAUGAGCGCCAAGGAUCCGGAGACGGGCAUAUCUCUGACAGACUCGCAAGUCAUCGACGAGAUAGUCACCAUGCCGCUCGGCAGCUAUACGGCGCCGGGAAUGAUUAGCACUGCAAUAUACUUCCUCCUGAAGAACCCGCAAGUCGUGACCGAUGCGCGCCAGGAACUAGACUCAGUUAUCGGCGAUGGCGAGUUUCAAUUCGAGCACCUCGCACAGCUCAAAUACGUCGAGGGAAUCAUGCGUGAAUCCCUGCGACUCUCAUUCGCAGCGCCGGGCUUCAACAUUGAACCCAUACCCAGUGAGAGCAAGGCCCCCGUGCAGCUAGCCGGCGGCAAGUAUCAAGUCGCACACAAUCAGGCCAUGAUCAUUGUCUUGGCAGGAGUCAACAGAGACCCGACUGUAUUCGAUAAACCCCUUGCCUUCAGGCCUGAGCGGAUGAUGGGCAAGGCAUUUGAUGAUCUCCCCUCUGGAGUUAAGAAGUGGUUUGGAAACGGGAAGAGAGAGUGCAUCGGGAAGCACUGGGCUUGGCAGUUCAGCAUGGUUGUGCUGGCGAAGCUAAUCAAGGAGAUUGACUUUGAGAGCGUUGAUCCGAGUUACGUGUUAGAACAAGAGGGUUGGUUUCACUUGGAACCUGUGGGCUUCCAGGUCGGAGUCAAGCCGAGGGCUAACUGAAAUUAUGGUCCAUGGAGUGUUUAUUGAAGAGUAUUUAUUGCAUGUAGCUUCUGUCGUAACUAAGGAUAAAUGGUAGCACACAUGUACCACAUAUUCCACGAUCUAAUAAAGUGAUUCAGUUGAAUAUUCACUUCUUUGAAUCCAAUGUAUGUUAGGUAGAAGUUAGAAAAAGGGGGACGUACAAAGCCAGACGGGGGUUAUAACAUGUUAUGCAUUAUGCACAUUACUUAUUUAUGC